AUUUGAAUACGAUUGCCCAUUCUCCGCCUACCCUCUACUUUUUUAACAACAAAAUAUCAAAAGCUUUAAACAUUGACCAAUCGCCCAUUCGAAUCUUCUAUCUUCUGCGUAGAAGCUACGAUUUAGUUUUUGAUUUUUCUCAUCAUCGAGCAAUUUCAUUGCUUUGAUGCAAAAACAAGAAGAAUUUCCGGCGGGAUUUGGUGCUGUUUUGGUCUCUGGGUUUAGUUAUGCCAGAGAUCCUACGUGAGGAGAGCAGUUCAUCUUCAUCAACCACCGCCGGCACCAUCACCGUCGCCGGCACCGGAGAUUUCAAGCUUAACCUAUUUGGGAAAUAUGAGGUCGGGAAGCUUUUGGGUUGUGGUGCUUUUGCAAAGGUUUAUCAUGCUAGGGAUGUGAGGACGAGACAGAGCGUGGCGAUUAAGACGGUAAGCAAGCAGAAGAUAUUGAAAGGUGGUUUCAUGGAGCAUAUUAAGAGGGAGAUUUCUAUCAUGCGCAGGUUGCGCCAUCCUCAUAUCGUGCGCCUUCAUGAGGUGCUCGCGACGAAGACGAAGAUCUAUUACGUUAUGGAAUUCGCUAAAGGUGGAGAGCUGUUUACGAAAGUUAGCAAAGGGAGAUUCAGCGAGGAUCUCAGCCGGAGAUAUUUUCAGCAGUUGAUCUCCGCCGUUGAUUAUUGUCAUUCUCGUGGCGUGUAUCAUCGAGAUCUGAAACUGGAGAAUCUGUUGCUUGAUGAGAAUUGGGAUCUCAAGGUCACCGAUUUCGGGUUAAGCGCAGUGACGGAUCAGAUCCGACCCGACGGAUUCCUCCAUACGCUCUGCGGCACUCCGGCAUAUGUAGCUCCUGAAAUUCUCGAGAAGAAAGGAUACAACGGAGCUAAGGUGGAUAUAUGGUCAUGCGGCAUCAUCCUUUUUGUGCUCAACGCCGGUUAUUUACCCUUCACCGAUGCAAAUCUAAUGGCGAUGUAUCGGAAAAUCUACAAAGGCGAAUUCCGUUGCCCUAAAUGGACCUCACACGGAUUGAAACUGUUGCUGACCCGACUCCUCGACACGAAUCCCGAGACUCGAAUCUCCAUUGAACAAAUCAGAAACGAUCCGUGGUUUCGGAAAGGUUACAAAGAGGUGAAAUCGCAUUUCGGUGAUGAAUUUGAGUUGAAAAAUAGCUCCGAUGUAAAUCGAGACGGCAAAUUUCUAAAUGCGUUUCAUAUAAUCUCGUUAUCCUCAGGUGUUAAUCUGUGUGGAUUGUUGAAGUCUCUAGGAGGGAAAGAGACCGUGGAUGUUGAAAGGUUUGUUUCAGCAUCGUCGCCGGAGAGUAUAACACAGAGGAUUGAAGAGGUGGCGAAGGCUGAAGGGAUGAGAGUCACCGGAAAAAAUGGCGCCGGCGUGAGAGUUGAGGGGCAAAAUGGGAAAUUUGUUUUAGCAACGGAGAUUAACCGGUUAACGGAGAAAGUGGUGAUUGUAGAAGUUAAACGAAAGGAGAUAGGAGCUGGACCUGAUGGAGAAUUAUGGAAACUGAAAUUUAAGCCGCAGUUAAGUGAAUUCUUUUUGUGAAUUCUUUCGUGGUCCGAGUUGUUAUUACAGCGUUCUCUAUCGUAGAAUUAGAAUUCAGACUUCGUGCUACUCGUUAUUUCUAGAUAGCAUAGGAAAAAAGAGAUUUCGAAAGGGAGAUGACUCUAGUUGUUGAAUAGCCCGACAAAUGUGGAUCGAGGUGAGUUGAUGUUCGAACUAGUUUCUGCACACAUGAUUGGUUAAAGAACUUACUACAUUUUUGCAAAUAGGAAUUCAAAUUAUCAUGUCAGGUUUGGGCAAAACCUGUUGAUAUUAUUAUUGCUAAGAGUUAGGAUAAUGUAUCAUAAUGUAUUGUAUUUGUGUACUCUCUGUAUACAUAAGAUACAGAGAGGGCAAAAUUACUGGGUUUUGUAUAUAUUUUUAUGACCCGGUAAUCUGAUUUUAUGAUUAUCUCAUUUUUCAUAGUAAAAUGAUUAUUGAGAUAGCUUAUUUUAAUUUUCCUAAUUGUUUGGUUUUGUAUGACAGUUGGGAUAGUUAUUGUGUGA